ACGGCGCUCGUGUCAGAAAAAUUUGACAGUUGUGUCCCCUUGGGCCUGGUUACUCUCAUCUUUUCUCUAUUUUGCAGUAAAAAACUGGCUUUAAUAGAGUACUCCUUUGGAUACUUUGGGGACCAAAGAACAACACAUUGACAACAACGUAAUCCUCUGUGUGAAGACCGAGUACAAAAAAAUGUUAUUUGUUAAAUUGAGUAGCCUUAUAUCAAAUUGAAAAUUAUGAAUUAACAUAAAAUGCAAUUCCUGAUAGUUAUUCUAAAUGAUUUACGGUCGUUCUGUCGAUUAAUAUCCGCCGGCAGAAACUAAAUUAAUGUAAAUUAAUACUUUCUUGAUAUGGAAGUGCUCUGGAGAAAUUCGAAAAUGAAAUACACCUUUAUUGUUUGUAUUUUUAUUACGUUUUUCAUCUCAUGCCUAAUUGGUAUUACUCCAAUUAAUAUAGAAGACUGUAGAUGCACCGAUGGAUCAUCUGAGAAUUACCGAUCCAAAAAAGCUAUGCGUAAUAGUACAAUUACCUCAAAAAAAUUAAAGCACCGCCUUGCCAUAAUUGUACCAUUUAGGGAUCGAUUUGAAGAAUUACUACUAUUUGCACCACAUAUGCAAAAGUUCCUUGAUAAACAACAAGUGGACUAUCAUAUAUUUAUAGUAAAUCAGAUUGACCGAUUUAGAUUUAAUAGAGCAUCACUUAUAAAUGUAGGAUUUUUAGAAGUUAAAGACAAUUUUGAUUAUAUAGCUAUGCACGACGUUGAUUUACUACCUAUGAAUGAUGACUUGUUAUACGCUUAUCCUGAAAAAGGUCCAUUUCAUGUAUCCGCUCCAGAAUUGCAUCCACGAUAUCAUUAUCCAACAUUUGUUGGGGGCAUACUACUUAUAAAAAGAGAACAAUUUGCACAAGUUAAUGGUAUGUCAAAUAAGUAUUGGGGGUGGGGUCUAGAAGACGAUGAAUUUUAUAUUAGACUGAAGGAAGCAAAUCUGAAUAUCAGUAGGCCAUUAAACAUUACUACUGGAACACAUAAUACAUUCAAGCAUAUCCAUGAUAGGAAUCUUCGCAAGCGAGACAUGGUUAAAUGCUACAAUCAACGCCAGAUUACUCGAAAAAGAGAUCGUCAAACUGGUCUAAAUAACAUAUCUUAUAAAUUAGAGAAUACAAUUAAAAUGACUAUUGAAGACUUAUCUUUAACUGUUCUAAAUGUAUCAUUAAUGUGUGAUAAAUCUAUUACUCCUUGGUGUGAGUGUGAUAAAGUGGAUGUGCCGAAGGACAGAAAAAUGAAAGACAAGAAACAAAAACAACUAUAACAUAAAUACACUCUAAGGAAUGACUCGUAGGCUAGUCAACUCAAGGGGACUGGUGUUCGCCCAGAGUUACAGGUGCCUCGCACGCAGGUUACAGAAUGGAAACAGUUCAAACUUCGAUAGAUCAGAGAGCGACCCCUUCGGAGCGGGCCUAUUUACACUAAACUAGGGUGUUCCUAGAUGCAGAGGAGGAUGCUUGGUGGGUUUUUAAGAUUGAGAAGGGAAAUGUCUCGUGUGAUUGGUUUGGGGACAGGUUCAAGGGGAAACAGGUGGAAAGUGUCUUCUCCAAAGAAUCUGAAUGUUUGACUUUUCCCAGGGCUGCUAUCUAGUUUGGGGUGCGAAAACACUCGGAGAAACAAAGGGGAGAUAAAGAACGAGGGAGAGCGGGUCUCUAGGAGUAUUUUGGAGUACGAGACGCGCUGCUUAGUCUCUUUCUUAAUAUUACUUAAAAAAAAAAUGUAGGUAGGGACCUAACACGGCACGGCUCGACUGCGCCGAGUUUGAUCAAUCAAUCGCCGAAUUUCGAUUCCCGAUUCGGAUAUUUCGCGCCCUUUGUUUUUCCCGGUGCCGAAUAGCCGUGGAUUUUUCUUAUAUUUGCCAGAUCAAGUUUAUGGCGAACCAUCGCGUGUUCGAAUUGUCUCGUAUCGGAUCGGAUUUUCUUUGGGGCGAUCUUCCGUCGAACCCCGUCGUCUUUUGUAAUUAUCUGUCAUACGCUGUCCAAAGUAUUCGGUAAUUUAUCUUUCUAAUUAAAAUAAAUCUGUUAAUUUUCUUGA